AUGAAAAAUAUCAUAAAAUGGGUUUACUGUUUUCUGUUGAACGAUAAAUACUUGACCUUAAGUACGAAUGAAAGCAGUGGAACAACAAGCUGUCCUGUAAAUUACUUUUUGGGCGUUCACAAAAAUUGCACUGAGUGUCCUGCAGGGAGCUUUGGCCACAAUUGUAGCGCCCCAUGUCCACCUGAAUCGUAUGGUCGACUGUGUGCAGAGGAUUGUAGUGAAUGUCCCGCAGAUGAGUGCGAUAAGGUCACAGGAUGUCAAGUCACAAGUACAGUCAUUGAUGGACAACAUGCAACUACUGCCUCUAUUCAAACUGAAACAAAUGGGACAAAUGAUUUAAUAGAAUCAACCUCAGAUCGAGCCCCCGUUUCGGAUUCUUCAGGAAGCUCCGAUAAAGGAACGGUUUCCGAGUUAAUCAUUAUCAAUGGUAGUGUCAUCAUUUUCUUCCUCGUGAUACUCAUUAUUGUCAUGUCUGUCAGAAAGAUCUUUGAGUUCAGGUACUGGAAGAGAUGUGUCGCAGCGAGGAACACUCAAACUGCCAUAGAUGAAACAGUAUAUGCGGAAGUUUAUGAAUUGACUGAAAUAAAAAAUGGAGGAAUCAAAAAAUGACAUGAGAAAAGACAUACACGGAGAAAGUAUUAUUUACCGGGAAAAAAAGCAUAUAAUAUUAUUUAUGGCAAAAGAUAAAAUAUAAAAGGAAAAUACAAUAUUGAAC